AUGGGGCUGCCCCCACUGGAGUUCAGUGAUUGUUACUUGGACAGCCCGCAAUUCCGGGAGAGGCUCAAAUCCCACGAAACUGAGCUGGAGAAGACCAACAAGUUCAUUAAAGAGCUCAUCAAGGAUGGCAAGUCCCUGGUCGCUGCGCAUAAGACUCUGUCGUCUGCAAAAAGAAAAUUUGCUGGUUCACUGAAUGAAUUCAAAUUCCGGUGCAUUGGUGAUGCAGAAACUGAUGAUGAAAUCUGCAUUGCCAGGUCUCUGCAGGAAUUUGCUGCUGUAUUGGGGAAUCUUGAAGAUGAACGGAUGCGGAUGAUUGAAAAUGCUGGAGAAGUUCUCAUUACUCCCCUUGAAAAAUUUAGAAAGGAACAGAUUGGUGCAGCAAAGGAAGUGAAAAAGAAAUAUGACAAGGAGACUGAGAAAUACUGCACUGUACUGGAAAAACACAUGAACCUGUCCUCCAAGAAGAAGGAGGUUCAUCUUCAUGAGGCUGACAGCCAGGUGGACCAAAUGAGGCAGCAUUUCUAUGAAGUAUCGCUGGAGUAUGUUUUGAAAGUCCAUGAAGUUCAAGAGCGAAAAAUGUUUGAGUUUGUGGAGCCGCUUCUUGCCUUUUUGCAAGGACUCUUCACAUUUUACCAUCAUGGCUAUGAGCUGGCCAAAGACUUCAGUGACUUCAAGACCCAGCUCACCAUCAGUAUCCAGAAUACUCGGGAUCGUUUUGAAGGAACAAGGUCUGAGGUGGAGGCUUUGAUGCAAAAGAUGAAAGAAAACCCUCAUGAACAACAAACUUUGAGUCCUUACACAAUGGAAGGUUACCUGUAUAUACAGGAGAAGAGACACUUUGGAACCUCCUGGGUCAAACAUUACUGCACCUAUCAGCGGGAUACAAGGCAAAUCACAAUGGUCCCAUUUGACCAGAAGUCUGGGGGUAAAGUGGGAGAAGAAGAGGUGGUUUUUUUGAAGUCCUGCAUACGAAGGAAAACUGAUUCUAUUGAGAAGAGGUUUUGUUUUGAUGUUGAACUUGUUGAUCGAUCAACUACAAUAACAAUGCAGGCCCUUUCAGAAGAGGACAGGCGGUUGUGGAUGGAAGCCAUGGAUGGUCGAGAACCAGUCUACAAUUCAAACAAAGACAGUCAAAGUGAAGGAUCUGCCCAGCUGGACAGUACUGGUUUCAGCAUCAUCCGGAAGUGUAUUCAAGCUGUGGAAACAAGAGGCAUUAAUGAACAGGGUCUUUACCGAAUUGUUGGCGUAAACUCCAGAGUUCAAAAACUCUUGAGUAUUCUAAUGGACCCCAAGAUUGCUACAGAGUCGGACACUGAAAUCUCUACUGACUGGGAAAUCAAGACAAUCACAAGUGCUUUGAAGACUUAUUUGAGGAUACUUCCAGGCCCCCUCAUGACAUACCAGUUUCAGAGAAGCUUCAUCAAAGCUGCUAAACUGGAAAGCCAGGAGAGUCGAGUGAAAGAAAUCCAUUGUCUGAUCCACCGCUUGCCAGUGAAGAAUCGACAAAUGUUAAACAUGUUAAUGAAGCACUUGGCAAAUGUUGCUGCUAACCAUAAGCAAAACUUGAUGACUGUUGCCAACUUGGGUGUCAUUUUUGGGCCUACUUUACUACGCCCCCAAGAAGAGACUGUAGCAGCUAUCAUGGAUAUAAAAUUCCAAAACAUUGUGGUGGAAAUAAUUAUUGAAAAUCAUGAAAAGAUGUUUUCCACAGUGCCAGAGAUGCCACAGACAAACUCUCAGUUGCAUUUGUCUCGUAAAAGGAGCACUGACUCAAAGCCGCCUUCCUGCAGUGAGAGACCCCUAACGCUUUUCCACACAGCACAUUCUACAGAGAAAGAAGAGAAGAGGAACAGUGUAAAUUCAAGUGCCGAGUCGGUCAGUUCAUCUAAUGCAAAUAGCUCAGUGAGCUCCAGCUGUGUUCAACGCUCCAACAUGAAUAAUUUCAACUCCAGUGAUCCUGACCUGGAAGUAAUUAAAGUGAGCCGGCCAAAUUCCCUAUCAAACUCGAAAAAUAUAUCAGGCCUUUUGUCAAGUUCACUGAAUCCAAGCCCAACAUCACCACUUACAUGCCCUAUGUUCUCUGCCCCAUCAAGUCCAAUGCCAACAUCGUCAACUUCUAAUGAUUCAUCUCCAAUCAGUUUGCCAAGGCGAGCAAAGGCUUUAUAUGCAUGUAAAGCUGAACAUGACUCUGAGCUUUCAUUUACAGCUGGCACGGUGUUUGAAAAUGUUCAUCCAUCGCAGGAGCCAGGCUGGUUAGAAGGGAUGCUCAAUGGGAAGACUGGACUUAUCCCUGAGAAUUAUGUGGAAUUCCUAUAGCUUUAUGUUCUGCCAGCAAUCCUACGCUUUACAUGGUAUCCAUGACAACAGCUGAUGGCAUUGAAGAUUAUCUCCCUAUGCCUCCAUGAAUUACAGGGUGAAGGACUUUUCACUACCUGUUGCAGUGAAAAUGUAUAGCUCUGUACAUGAUUUAUGGUGUUAAAAUUUAGACAGAAGUGUGAGCAUUUUUUUUUAUUUUUGCAAGGGACCAUUUUAUGUUUACUGUUAUUGUAUUAUUUUAAUUCACUGUACCUUGUAACCACUAAAAGUCAAUAAUGCGUACACUCUGCCAUUCUGGACUAAACCGAGGAUUAUAUUGCAGGCUGUUUGGGCAACUUUAUUAGACAUUUCUUGUUUUAUAUAUGCAAAAUCAACCACAACUUGAGUGCAGAUUUUAAUGAUUCCUUACUUAAAUGAAUUUAAAGCAAUGCUGUACUUUUUUUUUUUUUUUUUUUAGUUUGUCCUUAUUGAUGAGCUAGAUAUAAUAAUGACACUUUUUUGUUAAUUUUUUAAAAUUAUACAGUAAUACCUUCUUCUGUUAUUAGCAGUCAAGGGAAACAGGUCCAAUGAAAAAUCAUCAGCUGUGACACAUACAGUACUGCCGUUUUUAGAUAGUCUCAGGAGUAGCCAACUGUGAGAUAAAAGAAAAAAAAUCACAUGAGUAAGAAAAUGCAGAUUUAAGUGGCUAGGGGUUGUGUGACAUAGUGGACUGCAAUCCUUUACACAGCCACUGGACAAGAGUGGUGAUGUAUCUGGAACAAAGCAGCCAUAUUUUCCUUAUCUCCUACAACUUCUUAGGUUCUUGUAUUAUAUAUACAGAACCACAUUUGUUCUAUGUGCCGCAGCAAAUUGGAACAUCGCUUUUAAUUUUACAUUUAAAAUUUAUUCAGUUAGAUCACACCUACUUAGGCCUUGACCUUAUGCACACGACCAUAUCUGUUCUGCGGUCCACAAACUGCAGAUUCCCAAAAUGCGAUACCAUCUGUGGACCGUAUUUUGCAUACCAGAAUAGGAUAUUUUCUAUAAUUUGUAGAACAGACCUACAGAUGCGGAGAGCACACAGGUGACACUUCCGGAUGUCUGUUCCACAAAUGAUUUAAUAUGUCCUAUUCUGGCCCACAAAAUGUGGUUCACUGACCCAUUGAAGUCAAUGGGUCUGCAAAAAAAUACGGAUGGCAUAUAGAUGGUGUCUGUAUUUUGUAGAUCUGUGGUUUGUGGACCGCAAAACAGAUAGUCGUGUGCAUGUAGCCUUAAUUAAAAAAUGCUUCUGUGUCCUUAUGGGGGCCCUUGGGUUGAUUCUUUCUCAGAACAUACCCCUAAUAUGUUCAGUGGUCUCACAUGCUCAGUAGCCCAGCCUACCACCCAUAUCCUCUUUUACACAGACUGAUUCUUGCUAUUGUGCAGGCUAGCUAAUUAGAAUCAGUGCGCUAUACGCAUCUUCUGCAUCCAGCACUGAACACAUAGGGUGUCAUAAGAACACUUGGGCACCAUUACAAGUAUAAAUAUUCAAAUUAAUAUUUAAUAAUUGGACUGCAAUUUGUUUCCUAUACACAACAGGAAAGAAAAAUGUAAGACAUCAUGCAGAGGCAGGGGCAGCGUGCUACUGAAUGCCAUUACAAGAGUGAUAAACCACUGAAAUCUGAAGACUAGUGUAAUGUAAAUCCUAACCUGAUAGUUCUUCAGAUCCCAUAAAUAACACUUUUCUUCCAGUCUGAUAUAGCAAGUGAAGAA